AUGCCGCUCUCGACAUCGCGCCCGCCCAGGGCGCUCGUCGACGUCGUCAUCGAGCGAUACCGCGAUCGAGGCGACGUGCGACGGGCCCUGGGGCUGGACGACGGCGGCAUCGAACGGACGAUCGAUGCGCGAGAGCGAUCGAUCGAGUGGUUGGAGCGCGUCAUCGAGCGCACGUUCGACGAUCGCUUCGACGACGACGAGCGACGGGUGAUAGAGCACGCGACGGGCGUGCGCGACGGACGGGGGGUGGGGACGUUCGCGGCGAGCGCGGUGCGGAGCGCGGAACGGGAACUCGGGACGCGGGCGUUGGUGUCGCGUCGGAUGUGGGACGUGCUGUGUAACGCCGAGGCGGCGAGACGAGGGAAGACGAGUGAGUGCGCGGAGUUGUUCUGUGCGUUCGCGAGGGGGAGCUACGACGACGAGGCGCUGUUGUUUUUUUUGUUUUGUCGACGGUGGUUGACGCGGGAGUGUCAGGCGAUGCGGGCGCGAGGCGAACGCGUGACGCGGGGCGAUCGACGGUACGACGCGGGGGCGAAGCUGUGCGCGAGUAAUUUCUCGCUCGACUUUAAGCAGUGCUGUGCGGUGAUUCGGGCGAUAUUCUUCGGCAGCGACGGCGAGUCGGCGGCGUCGACGAGUGACGUCUCCUUCUUAUACGCCACGGUGAAGGCGAUGAUUGAGGACGCGUUCAAGACGGACGUCGCGUCAAGUUGGGCCACGGGAAGGAAUGAGAAUGUUACACCGGAUACCAGCGCCUUGACGCCGAAGGACGCGACGUCCGCUCGAGAUCCGCCGACGAGGAUGGACGCCUACAGACUUCUGAAAAUGCUUCUGUCGGUUUUCGUGGACACGACGCCGCCAGAGGACGCGAUCUCGUCGCUGAAAGUUCGCGCGAAAACGAAAAAAGGUAAAGCAAGCGCGUCUGUGGACGUACCACCGGAGCCGUCGACGUCGGCCUCGAUUCCGACGGCGACGCCGAAGCAGACGACAUCGCAGACUCCGAGUGGCGAUGCCGACAGAAAAGUCGCGGCGGAUAUCGCUCGUUACGAGCUCGUCGUUCGCACGGCUCUCACUGAGGCCGUGGGCAAGUACGUCGCCGCGUUAUUCCCGAAACAAGUCGAUCGAUCCGCCGUCGAUGAGGCAGAGACCAAGCUCAAUGUCAUGGCCCAAGACUUGCUCUCUCGGGUCAUCGAUAACGCCGCCGAUCCCUCAUCCUCGGCCGAAAUCGUGAGCGAAGCUCCGGUGGCGUGCGCGUCGUACGUCCGCGCGAGGGACUCGAUAAUCGCCGGCGCGGGUACGCCCGGCACUGAGUCUCCCGCCGCCGCUGGAGCGUCCUCCGCGCGAGACGUCGCGCGGGCCAUCCUCGCCAGCGACAAGGUCAAGAACGCCAUCGAGCCCAUGCUCCGCGCGUCGGUAUCUUCGCUCAAAACGAAUUCGUAA